AUGGAGCCUGACAGAAUUGGACCCGACACAACACCUCGACGACCCUUGAAAGAUAGGAUCGCCGAGGUGCCGCGCAGCAUCGCACGGGGCUUGACAACGAAAGAUGGACUCAUCGGAGACUAUGAUUAUGCGUUCUUGUUCACUCCAAAUCUACCGUUCAUGAAAAAAUCUCGCCAGAUGGCUCCAUUCUUUGGACUUAAUGACAAGAUGCCGAUUUUCCUGGCGUUGAUCCUGGGCUUUCAGCACGCUUUAGCAAUGCUGGCUGGUCUCAUCACUCCACCCAUCAUUCUCUCUGGCAGUGGCGGUGCUGCAUUGGACACCGACACCUCCCAAUAUCUCGUUUCGACGUCAUUGAUAGUUUGUGGAAUCUUGUCGGCAGUUCAGAUUACAAGAUUUCACAUCUACAAAACCAAUUACUUCAUUGGUACCGGGUUGAUAUCUGUGGUUGGUACUUCUUUUGCGACGAUCCCUGUUGCAUUAGGAGGUUUGUCGCAGAUGUAUGAAAGCGGGUUUUGUCCGAGCGAGGAGGUAGACGGUGUGCUUACCAGGCAACCGUGCCCUCAAGGCUAUGGAGCAAUUAUUGGGACUGCUUGUAUCUGUGCGCUUUUGGAAAUAUGCCUCUCAUUUGCACCAGCAAAGGUGCUUAAGCGCGUAUUUCCACCCCUUGUGACGGGGCCGACGGUCGUGUUGAUUGGUGUCAACCUUAUUGGCACAGGCUUUGAAAAUUGGGCUGGUGGUUCUGGCACAUGCAGAUCAAGGCCCGAAGAGGGUCUUUUCCAGCUGUGCCCUACUAUCAACGCUCCUCACCCUCUACCAUGGGGGUCAGCACAGUUCAUUGGCCUUGGAUUCAGCGUCUUUGCCACUAUAAUCCUCUGCGAGAGGUUUGGCAGUCCUAUCAUGAAAUCCUGUGCUGUUGUGGUUGGAUUGCUUGUAGGUUGCAUCGUAGCGGCUGCCACUAAUUACUUCGAUGAUAGUGGUAUCACCAGGGCACCCGCUGUUUCAUUUAUCUGGGUGAAAACCUUUCCGUUAUCACUUUACGGGCCGAUGGUUCUGCCAUUCCUAGCAGUGUUCUUGGUCCUAAUGAUGGAGGCUAUUGGCGACAUCACUGCGAGUUGUGACGUCUCACGUAUAGAGGUUGAAGGCCCUAUCUUUGAAUCUCGGAUCCAAGGAGGCGUAUUGGCAGACGGUUUGAACGGCAUGUUUGCUUGUCUGUGUACGAUCACGCCAGUCUCAACAUUCGCGCAGAACAAUGGUGUUAUUGCCCUUACUCGAUGUGCCAAUAGAAAGGCGGGGUAUUGCUGCUGCUUCUUUCUCGUGAUCAUGGGAGUGUUCUCCAAGUUCGCAGCGGCCCUGGUUGCCAUUCCGUCCGCGGUUCUGGGUGGCAUGACCACCUUCCUCUUCUCGGCCGUCGCUAUCUCAGGGAUCCGCAUUAUCUCGACGGUACCUUUCACUCGGCGCAACAGAUUCAUCUUGACUGCUGCUAUGAGCGUCGGUUUCGGGGCAACGCUCGUCCCCGACUGGUUUGCCUACGUCUUCACUUACGAAGGUGGCAACGGUUCACUCCGAGGACUGAUGAACGCUGUGGAACUGGUGAUGGAGACUGGCUUUGCGGUAACGGCAUUCCUCUCGUUGUUCUUCAAUCUGAUUCUACCAGAAGAAUUGGAUGACGAAGCUAUGGACAUUACCGCAAACACUGUGGAUGAGAAGGAUGACGAAGCGGAGUGGGAACGAAUCCGUCGCCCAAGCCAAAUGAAGGGGUUGAGGAAGAGCGAAGAGAUACGACAGAGCACGGAUGUGGAAUCUUCACCAGCUGCCAAAAAUAUGACGACGACGCUCAAGGAUGAGUGA